UUUAAGUUCUCUUGUGUUGAAAACAUCGUCUGACACGUGUCAGAAACUGUUAAUCGACAAAAAUAUAUAAAGAAGUUGCCGUUUAGUCGAAAGUCGUACGAAAUGGAUAAGAAGGAUCUUCAUGUGCUCAUCUGCACGGAAUGCUAUCACGCCUUACCGGCGCGUGCCCAGAUCAGGCAGUUUGGCAUGUGCGAUAUGUGCAAGAAGAACAAUCCGGACCUACGCCAAUAUUUGGAGAAGUACGUAUAUGACUCGGAGCGCACCAAGAACUGGGAUCCCAUUGGGAAGCGCCUGCACAAAAUAUCCCAGAAAUGCGAAUUACUCAAGAUUAAGAUGGCGGCCGUCGAGCGUAAAUACUUCAACAAACCGACUUUGGCUAAAACCGACGAAAUGUCUGCCAGGACUGAGCAACUGCUGCCGCUCAAGAAACCAGUGCCAGGCGCAGUUAAGAAGAAUGUGAACACCAAGCCAGAGCAAUAAUGGGGGAAUACUAAGGGGCACUCACAUUUGGGUUAUACUAGUCGGUUGUACAUUUGUGAUGAAUGUAUGCCUUACUUUUUAAAAUAAAUUAAG